GUGUGUGGUAGGUUUGGAAAGUCUCGCUAAAAAGUCACUAUUUUUAUGAUUUUGGGGAUAUCUGAAGGACUGACAGUGACCAGCAGACAGUAAGCAUCAUUAGUGCGGGAUUAUUUCUGGAUGGAAUUUUGUCUUCAGGUAUUGACAAAAGACAACCCUUCAAUGGUACAAUAUUCCACAGUGUUACCCCAUGAUAGAGUUGAGCGUUAAUCUACAUGCAACAGGAAUCCUUCCAUAUUUCAGUCUCCGUACAGUUAGGAAACUUUUAAAUAAAGAAAAUGAAAAAUGAGGAACGGCAAAUUCGGAUUAUCGAGUGGGAUGAUUUGGAUAAACGUAAGUUCUACUCGUUGGGAUUUGCCAUGAGUCUACUCAUCCGCGUGACAAUCUAUCCAACCACCUUGAUCAAGACGAGACUUCAAGUUCAGACACAUAAUGCUAUGUACUCCGGCACUUGGGACGCCUUCAAGAAGAUCACCAAAUAUGAGGGCAUGCGGGGUCUCUACAAAGGGUUCUUCAUCAACACGUUCACUGUCCUGUCCGGCCAGGUGUAUAUCACAACGUACGAGGUUACCAGACGGGCUUGUGGUGAAAACGCCAGCAAUGUAACUAAAUCGUUUGUGGGCGGGGCUGCCGCUUCCCUCGUUGCCCAAAGUGUGACUGUCCCGAUUGACAUUGUAUCACAGCAUAUUAUGAUGGAAGGCCAGAGUGUGAGCCUGGAAAGAGGACGUAGAAAAGUUACUUUUAAAGACGCUGGAAAAAUCGCUAGCGGUAUAUGGAACAAAUCUGGACCUUUGGGCUUUUAUAAAGGAUAUACAGCAUCAAUAAUGACUUUUAUGCCAAAUAGCGCCCUCUGGUGGCCCUUUUAUCAUUUUUAUGCAGAUGAGCUGGCGAAAAUUUUCAAAGGCACGUUUCAUUUAUCAGUACCCGCUCUUGCAAUUCAGGCAAUGUCAGGACCUCUAGCUAGUGCUUCGGCGGCCAUCCUCACAAACCCAAUGGACAUCGUUAGAACGAGACUUCAGGUCACUGGAGGAGAUUCUAUCGCAGGGUCGUUCAAGAGGUUGUACAAAGAAGACGGAAUCAUGGGAUUUAAGAAGGGACUUUCUGCUCGUCUUAUAUCAACCAUCCCAGCUGGUCUGGUUAUAGCAGUCUCAUAUGAAACGCUCAAGCGGCUAAGUUUACGUCCAGAGCUUGCUCAUACAGUUCAGUGGUAACUAAUGGACGAGUCACAUUGCAGCGAUAACGAAAACGCUUAUUCAACCAAUUGAGGGCGUGCAUUUUUAUCGUUCUCGUUUUCGUUCUCGUUAUCAGGACCUGUGUGACCUGGCUUUUAGUCAAAGCAAUCAUGUUAGAAACUAAAUCAAUGGUUGUUCCUAUCUUCAACCCACUGCGUCUGUACAACCAACCCUUUUUCAUUUACAAAAUGUAGAUGCAGACCUGAUACAGAGCCAAUUGCCUCUGUGAGUUUGUGGUCAUUGCUUUUGUGCUCCUGGAAAUGUUCUAAGACUGAUGUAAUACAGAGAGGCAACGGAGGCAGCCCCUUGAAACGUGUCUUAAAAGGCCUGAUACUUAAUGAAGGCAAUUGCCUCCAUGCUUCUGGUCAUUGGCUUGGUGUCCCUUAAAAUGUUCCAGGGGUCGAUUUCACAAAGAGUUGGGAUUAGUUCUAACUGAGGACUA